GGACCGGGCCGGGGCUGGAGAAGUUUGCGCGGCGGCUCGAGAGCGCAGGGUGCUGGCCCCGCCGGCCGCUGCGCGCCCGCUGCCAUGGCUUUCCGCAGGAGGACGAAAAGUUACCCGCUCUUCAGCCAGGAGUUCGUCAUCCACAACCAUGCGGACAUCGGCUUCUGCUUGGUGCUCUGCGUCCUCAUCGGGCUUAUGUUCGAGGUCACCGCCAAGACUGCCUUCCUAUUUAUUUUACCUCAGUAUAACGUUAGCGUGCCUACAGCAGAUAGUGAGACCGUGCACUACCACUAUGGGCCCAAGGACCUGGUCACCAUCUUGUUCUACGUCUUCAUCACCAUCAUCCUGCAUGCUGUGGUUCAGGAGUACAUUUUAGACAAAAUCAGCAAACGGCUUCACCUCUCCAAGGUCAAACACAGCAAGUUCAACGAAUCUGGGCAGCUGGUCAUCUUUCAUCUCAGCUCGGUGGUAUGGUGCUUCUACGUGGUGGUGACGGAAGGAUAUUUAACAAACCCAAGAAGCCUCUGGGAAGACUACCCACACGUGUGCCUCCCCUUCCAGGUGAAGUUUUUCUACCUGUGUCAGCUGGCCUACUGGCUGCACGCACUUCCUGAGCUGUACUUCCAGAAGGUACGGAAGGAGGAAAUCCCCCGUCAGCUGCAGUACAUUUGUCUGUACUUGGCCCACAUAGCCGGAGCAUACCUCUUAAACCUGAGCCGCCUGGGCCUUAUCUUGCUGCUGCUGCAGUACUGCACCGAGUCCCUCUUCCACAUGGCUCGACUCUUCCACUUCGCAGACGAGAACAACGAGAAGCUGUUUAAUGCCUGGGCUGCUGUAUUUGGGGUCACCCGCCUCUUCAUCCUCACCCUCGCCGUGCUGGCCAUCGGCUUUGGACUUGCUCGCAUGGAAAACCAGGCCUUUGACCCCGAGAAAGGGAACUUCAACACCUUACUUUGCAGGCUCUGCGUGCUGCUGCUGGUGUGCGCCGCCCAGGCCUGGCUCAUGUGGCGCUUCAUCCACUCCCAGCUGCGGCACUGGCGGGAGUACUGGAACGAGCAGAGUGCCAAGCGGAGAGUCCCCGCUGCCCCCAGACUGCCAGCCAGGCUCAUCAAGAGGGAGUCUGGUUACCAUGAAAACGGAGUGGUGAAAGCAGAAAAUGGCACCUCCCCACGGACUAAGAAACUCAAGUCUCCUUGAGGCCAAAGUGCUGGAACAGGGAUCCUCUUGCGGGGGCCCAGCAGGGAGGUGGGGAGCCCGGCCCCCACCACUGCCUCCCCCCCUCCUAGUCCUGUUGCUGCCUCUCAAGCAGCAGGAACCUGUCUCCAAACGGGGCUUUUCCUCCUUCUUAUUUCUUGGCUUUCUCUUCUUACUCUUCCAUAAACCAUUCUCAAUAAAACCAAAACUCUUCUUCUUUCUCUCCCUCAA